GAUUUCCAGAUGUUUUGGUAAAAGUAGCUUGAAGCUGUAACAUUAUUUGUUUUUGUGUGAUAAUUUAUAAACUUAAAGUACAUUUUAAUGUUGUUUGAAGCAAAUGAAGCUUGUGAUGUCCUAGUCUAGCAGAAACAGCAGCAUGUGGUGGGGUGGCAGCGAGGGUGCCGAGGCUGCCACCGAGGCAGUCGAGGCAAACCCAGAAAUGGAGGAUAUGAAAGAGCAGUUUGAGAUGCAACAGAACCUUAUCAAACAGCUGAAAGACAUGGUGAAAACUCACCAGACACAGCUUCAGGAGAAAGAACAGCAAGUCCAGCGGCUGAGUGUGGCCGGGACCGAGCAGAGCUCCCAGCUGGCUUCGCUCAGUGAACAGGUGGCGGCCCUGGAGGAGGACGGGGCCGGCCCCGGCGGUCCCGCGCCGCCCGCCGGCUCACAGCCGCGCCGACAGAGGCUGCUCGAGAUCAAACGGCAGCUGGAGGAGCAAAGGCGGGCGCAGGAGGAGCGUGCUCGUGAGCCGCGAGCCGACAUCACCGCCAUGGUGCGCCGGCUACAGGAGCGUAUCGAGGACCCCGACUACCGGUAUGACUCAUGUGACUCGGCCGAGUCCGGGUCCGACGGCGAGAUGGAGCUGGGCACCUCGCCUCGGAAGUCUAUGACGCUGAGUGACUCCAUCAGAGAGAAACCUCCCGAGGAGCUCUACGGAAUCAUCCUGUCAAAGGACAAUCACAUAUACGAGUUGUCCGACAAAGUGUCACAGCUGGAAGCCACGGUUGUGGAUCUGAAGGAUACCCUGCAGGAGAAGGAGUCUGUGAUCUCUGCGCGCACGGCGGCCGUGAACCUGGUGACGCGCGCGCUGACUGAGCGCGGCCAGGAGACGAUGGACACGCUGGACGAGACGCGGCAGCAGAUGCGCGACAUGCAGGAGGCGUUCGCUGUGCACGAGGCCGACUGGAAGGUCCGCGAGGAGAAGCUCAGCCGGCAGCUGCAGACCGCCACCGACGCUCUGGAAACGGCAGAAGAAAACUACAAGAAGAUCGAAGCUGCCAAGUUUGAUUUGGUUAUUGCAAACGCCAAUCUGCAGGAGAAAGUUGUAAAACUACAGGCGUCUGCGAAAAUCGAGUCGGGCCGCGCGGCGUCUCUCGACUCUGAACUCGCCGCCGUGAAGCGCGAGCUGGCCGAAUCACAGAAGAUGGUGUUUCGAGUGAAGUCGCAGAAGCGCCAGCGACUGGGGCAGCUGGAGGGCGAGACGGUGCAGCUGUCGGAGCGCUGUGCCCAGCUGGAGGCGGAGCUGGCGGAGCGGGCCGACACGACGGCACUGGAGGAGGAGCGGGACAGGCUCCAGCAGGAGUCCUCUGAGCGACUGGCCGAGCUGACCGCCGUUACUAAGAAGCUGUGUGACUUGGAGCGGGCUCAGGCGGAGGCGGAGGGCCAGCGGGCGGAGCUGGAGGCCGCUGCCGAACAGCUGAGGGAGCAGCUCCGCACCAAGGACGCUCAGCUGACGGAGCUGGAGCAAAAGGUGGAGGAGUUCACGUCCUCAUCUGGCGAGUCGGACGCACUGCUCUCCAAACUGACUGCCGAGAAGGAGAACUUGGAGCAGCAGACUGCCGACCUGACGGCCGCCCUUCAGGAGACGAGGAACGCCCUGGAGGAAACCCAGCGGGAGCUGGACUCGAGCAGUGCUGGCAGAAGCGAGCUGGACAGGGAACGCGACGAGCUUAGGGCGAAAUUGGCCGAGUGCGAGGAGAAGCUAGCUGACACGCAGGCACGGCUAACCGAGACAAAUGCCAAGCUUGAGGAGACUGAGACCAAACUCUCAGAGACCGAGGUCAAACUGACGGAGAUUGAGACCAAGCUGUCGGAAACUGAGACCAGGGUAUCAGAGACUGAGACUCGGUUGUCAGAAGCUCUAUCCGAGACAGACGCUCACCGUUCGUCCAGAGAGUCAGCUGAAACUAAGUUGAACGCCAUUAGGACCCGCCUUGAAGAGAGCUCCGCCGAACUGGCCGCCAUGAAGACUCAGUUGGCCGCUGCCAACGCGGGACCGGCGCCAAUGACGACGGGUGCUUGGUUUGCGGAUGCCUCCCCUCCGGCGGCUGACAGCCAGUUCGAUCUCACGUCACAGGUGGUGAGCCAAACCCAGCAGAGCACUGCCGAUGUGGCCAGCCAGGCGGACAAAGAUACAUCGGAUGUGGCGAGUCAAGCUGAGAAGGAUACCUCGGAUGUUGGCAGCCAGGCGAAGAAAGAUACGUCGGAGAUGGGAAGUCAGGCGAAGAAGGAUACUUCCGAAAUGGCAAGCCAGGCGAAGAAGGAUACUUCAGAGGCGGGUAGCCAGGCGGUCAUGUCCAGCUCCGAAUUCGGCGCCGAACACACUGCGGCUGAAACCUCCGAGGGUGUUUCGCCGACAGCGGCCAUGGACGCGGGCUCAGCAGAGCCCUCGGACGGCUGGGACUCGUGGCCCGCCGAGGAGCCUGCCGGUGACGAGAGCAGCGCCUCGGCGCUACAGUCGCGGCUGGAGGUGCUCGCUACCGACCUGGAGACUGCUCGGCGCCGACUGCGGGAGAGCCACGCCGAGUGCGCGGCCAUGCAGGAGGAGACGAAUCGCCUGCAGCAGGCCGAGCGGGAGCUGGAGGAAGAGCGGCACCAGCUGCAGGGCCAGGUGGAGCAGCUGCAGACCCAGCUGCACAGCGCCGAGCAGCAGGUGGCUGAGCUGCAGUCCGGCAACAAACUGCUGCUGGAGAAACUGGAGACAGAGAAAGGACAGCAUGAGCAGGAGCAUACCCCGGAGACCAUCGAAGUCGCCGGCGAACAGUCACAGGAAACCCUGAAGAAGAUGGUGAAGAAGCUGAAGACCAAGCUGAAGCAGGAGCUGAAGGCGAAGGCGGCGCUGGAGGAAAAAAUUGGUGUGCUAAAGUCCUGUGUGACCGAAUUGCAGACAAGUGUUGCUGAGAUGGAGCGGGCGUCGGCCUCGAUGGAGGAGGAAGGUCGAACAGACACUGGAGCGGCUUUGGCUGAACUGCGAGCUCAGUAUGACCUGGAAAUUGCAGCGAGGCAGGCGGCCGAGCAGCAGUUGACGGAGGCGCGGGAGGCCCUGGAGGCUCUCCGAGCUCGUCAGGACGCUCCGCCAGAGCCACCGGUGGUCGUGGAGGAAGCGAAGGUGGAAUCCGCAGAACCAGCGAGCGAGACUCCGCCGGCGGCCGCCGCCGCGGGUCCCGAUCAGCAGAAGAUGAAACUAAUGAAGGCCAAGCUGCGGAAGGAGCUUCAGGCCAAGGCUGAGCUACAGAAGCAGCUGUCUGAGCGUGAGGCGACGUUAGAGGAAGUGCGUCACACUCUGACAGAGCGGGAGGCCUCCCUGGACGAGGUGCGUGCCCUGUUGGUCGACAAAGAGGCGGUCCUGGAAAGGAACGACGCCGAGCGGGCCGAGCGGGAGGCAGCUCUGGAGCGGAUCACUUCCGAGCUGGAGGAGGCUCGCUCCGAGCUGGCGAAACAUGUCGCCAGUGAGGCGAGUUUGGAGAGUGAGCUACAGGCACAGAUCGGCGCAGCGGAGACUGAGCUGGCCGCCGCCGUUCAUUCUCUCCUGGAGCACAGCCGGCUGCUGCUGGGGACGCUGCCGGCCAACAGUCCGGUGGUGAUUGGCUGGGAGGCCCUGCAGUCGGCAGUGGCCGGCGCCGCGCCGCUGCGGGUCCGCUGCACGCAGCUCACCGAGGCAGUACAGCUGCUGGCACGGGCCGCCGCGGAACCCCGCGAUCCGUUCGAGACGCUGCCGCCACUGCGCGACCGCAGCUCCUCACAGAGCUCUCUGAUGAGCGAACGGUCUGAAUCAGCUCGCAGUGAGCCGCCGGGCGCGGACGGCGAGCGGGAGGCGCUGCUGCUCAAACAGCAGACCCGGCUGAAGCAGCUGGCGACGGCCGUGCGCCGCCGCACUGCCAUGCGAGACGAGGCGCUGGCUAGAGUCAAGGAGCUGGAGCAGGAGGCUCAGCAGAUGAAGGCGCGUCUGGAGCAGCUGGAGAGUGCCGAACACCCAGUGGCUGUGCCUCAGGAGGGUAGUGACGAACUACGGGAGAAGUGGGAGCUCGAACUGUCUGAGAAAGAUGCCAAAAUCGCCGCGCUGGAGGAAGUCAUUGAUAAACAGAAGGUUGAAGUGGAAAGUGUCACAGCCAAUGUUUCUGUUCUGACUGACCAGCUCAAGGGUAAAGAUGAGAAAAUAUCGAGCCUAGAGGCGCUCAUCAGUGAUCAGACAAGCACGGAUAAGACGGAAACCGAGAGUCUGACCGCCGUAAUAAAUGAGCUGAAGGAAGCGCUAGAGGCUGUCACCAAUGAGAACAACGACAGAGGCGAGCGCAUCACCAGUUUGGAAGAAAUUCAGGCAGGUCAAGAGGACAAGAUCCGAUACCUGUUGGAUGAGCUCACCUCCAAAGAGGAGGCGCUCGCGGCAGCCACCGAGCGGUGUGCGGGACUGGAGGUUCGUACCACCGCGCUCUCUGCCGAGUUACGGUGCGUGCGCUGUGAGGCGGAGGCAGAGCGGUCGCAGUCGGUCGACGCUGGCCUGCAGUCCGCACUCACCGAGCCUCUGCAGCGGGCCGGGCCUGCUCGGCCCGCCGACACCGCUCUGGUGGCUGACGUGCGCACUCUGAUGCAGCAGCUGCGUGCGCUGCCAGCCGCCGAGGCCAGCAAUCUGUUCCGUGUACCUCAUGGUAUGGACGUGGUCAGCCUACCGUCCAGCGGCUCCGAGGGCCACCAUCGUGACUCGUCAGAGGAGAACUGGUCGAUGGUGGACGAGCGGCCCGGCUCCGGCGCUGCCUCACCGCCGCGAGCAGCCGCCGCCGCUGACUCGCAGACCACGCUGAAGGACGCCAGCCCUCCCUCCGAGUCCUCCGAGCCAAUAACGGUGGUGGCGGCGCCGAACGACUGGGACGACGGCGGCGGCUGGGACCGCUGGGACAUGAUGGAGGCCGGACCGGUGGACACCUCGCCGUCCGCUCCGCCGGCUGACGAGGACGCGCCCGCUCCCGCCGCGCAGACGGAGGAGCCGGUCGAUGCGGCUGCAGGCGAAGGCUGGGGCUGGUCGACUGGCGAGGAGGAGGCUGAUGAACAGGCGGCUACCGGCCUGCUGUCCGGUCAGUGGGGAUGGGAUGAGGACGCCGGGUGGCCGCGCGAGGACCAGCCGGCUUCCGAGGCUCUGCGGCUCGGUACUACCGAACUGAUGGCUCCAGACGCGGUCACUGCUGUGGAGACGGCACCACCCCUGUCGGCCGCGCCUACCACCGGCGCUGAUCAUAGCCAAGUCUCUGCUGACGCGCUCUCGGCCGAGCUGACCGAGGUGCGUCUGCUGCUGCUCACCACUCAGCAGGAGGUGAGCCAGUUGGCUGCCGAGCGCGAUCAGUUGCUGCAGCGGCUCGACACCGUCACUAGCGAGCAGCAGGCGCCGGCCGGCCCUGACGCGGCGGAAACGGCUCAAAAGCUGUGGGAGGCACUGGACCAGGUGGCACAGCUUCGUUCUCGACUAGUCACCGCUGAAGGGGAGCGUGGAGCCCGCGAUCGCACUCUGGAACACCAGCGUAUAGACGCCGGCCACCAGUGGUCCGUGCUGAACCACGAGAUCUCCAGUCUGCGUGACGAGCUGGAGGACACUGUAUCCGACCUGACUGAGCUUCGUCAACAGCUGGACACUGCUCAGACCGAGCGGGCUGAGUGUGAGCGCUCUCUGGUGGUCAGUCAGCAGGAGGCCGACAGGCUGACUCGUGAGUCGCACGCUCUGCGCGCCGCCCAGUCCCACUCCGAGCAGUUGUGUCAGGAGACCGAGCGUCAGGCUGAGUCACAGCAGGCGGCGACGGCGGCGGCCGUGGCGCUGGCGGAGCAGGCGCUGGCAGAGCUGCGAGUGGCCUCGGAUACGGUCCGGGGACUGGAGGAGCAGAUGGCGGCGGAUAGGACAGAGGCAGAGCUGACCGCGGAACAGCGGGCGGCGGAGAGCGAGGCACGCGUAUGGCAGGUGACCGAAGAGGUGACGAGAUUACAGGAGGAGGUGACCCGUUUGCAGCAGGAGCUGACCCACGUCCAACAAGAGGGUCUGACUGCCGGUGAAAAAGCUGCAGAGGAUGCCGGAUUGGCCACCGAGAAAUUCUUGUCUACUAUAGACGAGGUUCAGGGUCAGCUCAAACAAAAGACUGCUGAUGUUGAGCGGCUAGAAUACGAUCUAGCCUGCUGCAAACAGGAGAGCGACGCGCGCGUGCAGCAGGCGACUGAGGAAGUGACGCGACUGCAAGAGGAGGUAACACGACUGCAGCAAGAGGAGGCACGGCUACAGGAGGAGCUAGUCCACGUCCAACAAGAGGGUCUGUCUGCCGGGGAGAGAGCUGCAGAGGAUGCCGGAUUGGCCACCGAAAAGUUCCUCUCUACUAUAGACGAGGUCCAGAGUCAACUGAAGCAGAAGACUUCCGAUGUUGAGCGGCUAGAACGUGAUCUAGCCUGCUGCAAACAGGAGAGCGAUGCGCGCGUGCAGCAAGCGACUGAAGAAGUGACACGACUGCAAGAGGAGGCAACACGACUGCAGCAAGAGGAGGCACGGUUACAACAGGAGCUGGUCCACAUCCAGCAAGAGGGUCUGUCUGCCGGGGAGAGAGCUGCAGAGGAUGCCGGAUUGGCCACCGAAAAGUUCCUCUCUACUAUAGACGAGGUUCAGAGUCAACUGAAACAGAAGACUUCCGAUGUUGAGCGACUAGAACGCGAUCUAGCCUGCUGCAAACAGGAGAACGAGGUGGCGCUGCAGAAGGCUGCCGACAAUGUUGCAGAGCUAGAGCGUGAGCUGGCGUCAGUGAGGGAGCAGCGAGACACAGCCAUUGAGCAGGCAGCUGUCAUUCACGAGAGAGCCGAAGCGCCUCCGCUGGCCACAGCGGCACAGCCCGAGUGGCCGGGCUGGGGCGAUUCUGACGCCGGAGGGCAGCAUUCUGAGUCCGAGCUACGCUCCGCUGACCCUGAGGCCGCGACUGCUGAACUGGGUGAGAUGGGCCAGCACCAGCCCGGAGUAGGCCAGGAGACGGGACAGUACAACUACUUUGAUCAACCCCAGGUGUCUCAGGGCGAGACCGGUUACCAGGCGACGGAGGCCUACCCUACCAGUGCAGAAUACACCAGCCAGGGUAAUCAAGGAGUGGCCGGGUACUUUGCCGACACUAGCCAGUAUCCUCCCAUGCAGUAUCCUGGACAGCAAGCUGAACAAACUCCUGGUUACUACAACCAAAGCGGCAACCAGCAGACAGAACAAACUCCUGGUUAUUACGACCAGAACGGCACGCAGCAGACCGAACAAACUCAUGGCUACUUCCAGCAGACCGACGGUCAGCAACCGGCCUCGAACGCCUUUGAUUACGGACAAUCGACCGCAGGCUUCUUCGGCCAGGAGCAGUCGGCUCAGACAGGGGGAUAUUGGGACACCGGAGCGGUCUCAGUGUCAUCCGCUGCCCCGCCGCCGCCGCCGCAUCAGCCGGAGACGACUGCAGCGACGCAGGCUCAGCCGAUUCCCGUGUUCUCUGCGUUCAGUGGAGCCGGGUCGGAUCCAUUCGCCGAGGUGUGGCCUUCUCAGCAGCCGGCGCCACCACCCGCCCAGCCCCCGGCCGUCUCUGUUCACCCUCCCACACCGGCUGUAGAGGAGAGCACGGCGGCGUCCGGACCGCCGCUAGACGAGCAGCUGGCGCAGACGUGCAGUCAGCGUGACGCGCUGCAGCAACAGCUGCAGGAGGCGCUGCAGGAGCGGGAGCGGCUGCAGGAGCAGCUCCGCGUCAGCUCCGACACCGAGGAGCGGCUGAACCGGGCGCUGACGGAGCGCGACGAGCUGCAGCUGCGGGUGCAGGACCUGGAGCUGACGGGCCAGCAGCUGCAGACGACUCUGCAGGAGCGGCACCAGCUGGAGGAACAGCUGGAGACGGCCCGCCGCGAGCUGCGGCAGGCGCAGGAGAGCGCGCAGCACCAGCUCAACCUGCAGGCUCUGGAGGCUGAGACAAGGACCGAGCAGCUGGAGCUGAGGAUCGCCGACCUGGAGCCGCUCAGAGAACAGCUGGAGGCGGCCGAGGCGCGACUGAACGCGGCGGCCGCGGAAAGCCUGCGCCUCCAGCAGGCUGAGCAGGAGCUGGAGUGUAGCAGGACUCUUCUGGAGACCGUCACUGCGGAGAAGGAGCAGCUGGAGAGACAGGCAGCGGAGGCAGCAACGGCGGCAACACAGCCGUCAGCGCCGCCGCCAGAACCGUCAGCGCCACCUGUGGAGGAACCGAUCGUUCAGGCUGCCACACACGCGAUGUCUUCGGCGCCGCCCCCCACCACUGGCCUCCAGUUCGCGUCAGCCCUGUUUGGCGGCGCGUCAGAGAACUUCUUUGACAGUUUCGGCGCACCAGCGGCGGCUGCACCGGCGGCGCCGGAGCCCACUGCCCCUGUGGAGACGACUCCCUCCCUGGCAGAGGAUCUAGCCGAGCAACUGACGCUACUUCGCGCUGAGACGGAUCAGCUGCGCACCCGACUGGCUGAGGCUGAGUCGACAGCCGCCCGCUGUCAUGUUCUAGAGGAGGAGGUGCGCCGACUGAAAGAGGAUGUGUCCAGCUCAGAACGCAGUGAGGCGGCGGAGCUGCAGUCGGCAGCAGAUGAGAACACAGUAGUCUGGGAGAGGAUCAACCGCAUGGAGCAGGAGGCUGAGGGACUGCGGGCGGCCGCUGCCGAGAAUGCCUCCCUACGGGAGACUGUUUCACGACUGGAGGAGACGGCGGCAGCCAUGCAGCGAGUUGAAGUGGAGGCCACCGCCCUUCGGGAGAGAGUGCCGGCGCUGGAGAGCGAGUCGGCCGAGCUUCUGUCGCGACUGGAGGCGGCUGCUGCGGAGAAGACCGAACUACAGGCGACCAUCACUCGACUGGAAGCAGCGGCAGCCGCCGGGCCGGCUGACUCGACCGAGACUGAAGAGCUGCGGCGUCAGGUGGCCGAUGCCCAGCAAUCUUACGCCACCCUGCAGGCUGAGAAGACGGCAGUCGAUACUGAAUUGGCAGAGACCAAGGCGCAGUUGCAGCAGUACAUUGACUAUUGUAACUACUAUGCCGCCUACUACGCUCAGAAUCCGGCGGCAGCGGGCGCUGGACAGCAGACAGACGCGGCUUCUGCGGAGGCCGCACCACAGACGGAAACGGCUACGGUGGAGGCCGGACAACAAGCGGACACAUCUACAGCCUGGACUGGACAGCAGGCGGACACGACUACUGCGUGGAGCGGACAACAACCGGCCACUGUUUCUGCAUGGACCGGACAGCAAACGGACGCAACUACCGCCUGGACUGGACAACAAGCAGACACGGCUUCAGCCUGGACCGCACAGCAGACAGAAGCUGCUGCUCCUGCGGCUGAACAGCAGUACGACGGCUGGUCGUCGGACGUUGCAGCGGUACCGGUGCCUGUGUCGGCCGAGUCUGUCAGCUCUGAGCUCUCCACCGUCACCCUGCUCUCCCCGGCACCAUCCCAACAGGGAACCGAAGACGCCAUGUCGGACGCGGCGGUCGCAGAUGCAGUGGUAUCGGCCGCGCAGAGCGUCCUACCGUCUGUGUUUUCGUUCUUCGGUGGCGGCAGCAGCGGAGCGAGUGCUGGAGUCAGCGGGGGUAGUGGUGGCGCACCGACCGCCGGCGCUGAGAUUACCACCGAACUGGAGCGACUGCGGACUGAGAACGCUGCCCUGCGCAGCCGCGUGUCCGAACUGGAGCUGUCCGUGUCGGCGAGCCGCGCGGCGGUGGCCGAUCCGCUGGUGGCACCCACCUCCAGUCCAUUCCUAGAGGAGACCGGCUCGUCACCUCCACGGGACGACUCGGGUUGGCACGAGUUCACGCCGGCGCUGGAGGCGGUGUCGCCGUCCUCAGAGGCGCCGGCCCGGUCGGCAGAGCUGGAGCGGGUCACUGCCGAGCUGAUCGCAGAGCGUGAGAAGGUGGCGCGGUUAGAGGCGGCUGCUGCUGAGCUCUGGGAGCAGCCGACGUGCUCAGAUAAGUUGGCUGACGUGGUGGCUGAGCUGCAGGCUGAGCGGGAGCGGAUGGCACGGCUGCAGCAGGAGGCGGACCAGCUGCGACAGCAGGCCGAGGCGGCUGCGUCAGCUGCCGAGCACGCUGCCCAGCUGCGCGCGGAGACGGCGUCACUGCAGCUGGAGGUAGCGCGGCUCACCUCUGAGCUGGAAACUGAGCGGAGCCGGUCAGCAGCGGCUGACGAGGUGCCGCAGCUGUCGGUGCAGCUGACCGAGCAGCUGGAAACGGUGACCCAACUGCGCGCUGAAGUCGCGUCACUGCAGAUGGAGGUGACGCGGUUGACCUCAGAGCUUGAGACGGAACGGAACCGGCCGGCAGCGACUGCGGCGCCGGCGCCGGCGCCGGCGGCUGGUGACGAGGUCGCGCAGCUGUCUGCUCAGCUGGCUGAGGAACUCGCCACGGUGACCCAACUGAGCGGCGAGCUCGAGUCUGAACGUGCUGACGUGGCGCGGCUCGAGAGCGAGCUCCAGCAGGUCAGCGAGGCGCUCAGCGCGGCCCAGGCGCAGCUCUCGGCAGCACGCAGCGCGGCGGCUCCCACCGACUCGGCACUCACCGACCAGCUGACCUUCUACCGCCAGAAGGUGGCCGAGCUGGAGACCAUGCUGGCCGGCCUGCGGGACGAGCUGCAGCAGGCCAAGGUGAAGAACGGUCGCCUCCUGCAGAAGCUAAAGGUGCAGCAGAUGGCCAGUCGCGGCGCGGCCGCCGCCCCCGACGCUCUGGAUGCAGCCAUGUUGGAGGAGGCGCGGGCGCAGGCCACCGAGGCGAGCCAACGAGCCGAGGAGGCUGAACGCCAGGUGCGCAAUCUGCAGCAGGAGAAGGCGCGACUGUCCGACCAGGUGGGCACCUAUCAGGACGCUCAGGAGAGACUCCUGGAGUCCAAGGAGCGUCUGGAGGCGGAGGUGCACGCGCUCCGUCUGGAGAACGACCAUCUACGCGGCCAGCUGACUGACCUCGAGUGGCGUCUGGCGGAGCUGGAGGAGGCGGCCGAGAGUCGUCAACAGGAGUCCACCGGGCCCAUCGAGCCGGCGGAUGGUGAUCCCUCAGCGGACGUGGUAGCGACGCUGAGACAGGAGAAGGCGGGCCUGGAACAGCGGCUGGCCGACCUGGAGCGGAUCCACGAGGAGUUGGUGGAGCUGCACCACGCGGCGGCGGCGGCAGCUGCCAGCAGCCCGCUGCCGCAGCCGGUCGGACCGCUGGACGGUGCCGAGAGCCCGUCACUGGCCGAACAGCUGGCUCUGUCGGCCGCUGAGCCGCCCAAGUCGCCGGCGCAUCGGCUCACGGGGGCUGAUCCGGCGGCGCCUGUCGCCGUCACCGAUCUCACGGCUGUGGAGCCGGUGGUGACGAGCGUGUUCCAGUCUGAGAUGACCGCGGAGCUGCCGCCUCUGACCGGGGCCGAUCCGGCGGCGCCCGCUGCUGACCUGCUGGCCGCUGCUGCCGUCCCGGAGGCCGCGGCGACACUCCCAGCGGCGGUCGGCGAGGAGCUCACAGCCGACCAGUCCCCCAUCCUCCGCUCCCGGGAGGCCAUCAUCCACGGGAUGGCUGAGGAGCUCAACAACCAGCGCGCCACAAUCGCCGCACUGCGCGCCGAGGCGGCGCAGUGGCGCACGCUGGCCGAGGAGGGCGAGGACGGCGCCGUGGUGGAGGGCCUGAACGAGCACCUACGCCUGCUGGCGGAGACGCUGCACAGCCGGGACGCCCGCUGCAGUCAGCUGACCACAGAGGUGGCACAGCUGCUGGAGGAGAGGGACCUGCUGCAGCUGCGCCUCUCGUCCGCCCUCCGCUCCAACCAGUCCCGCGGCGCUGAGGUGUCUCAGCCGCCCGCCGACGACUCGGCCGACGUGCAACAGCUCAAACUCAAGUUGGCGGAGCUGAAGCAGCUGAACUACUUGUUGGACAUCCAGCUGCAGGGCGAGGUGGCGGAGCGGCGGCGCCUGCAGCGCUCUAUGCAGACCGACAGUCCUCAACGGGGACGGCACCACCAGCAGAUGACCGGGACCCUGAGUCCGAACACAUCGGAUUUAGUCAGCUCUUCGUCUAAGGACAUCUGACACCGUUUGGGUUAGUGCCUGACACAGACACCGUCCCAGUCGGGUGUCCUACCGAAUGUGGGGGCUGGUUACACCGUGUCGAAACAAGUGCGUUACGCGCGGGUGAGUGCGUGCGUGUGUGCAGUGUGGGUGCCAUUGUGGCGCUCGGUCGCCCUGGGCUCUGGACUGGGUCCCAGGUAGGAGACUGAAUGCGACCGGCGAUCGGACCUAUGUCCUAUGAACGCUCUGGUUCCGCUCCGGCGAGCAAUUAGUGCCGGACUUGUGCGAUACAACCAAUGAUAACUAUACGACAAACUAUUAUAUUAAUGCAAGCGAUUAAAGCAUCGAUCGUGUAGGUCGAUGCAAGUAUAUGAACUAUGACAAUGACCUGUUGAUGAAGGUGAAGUGUGAUCUGUCUGUUCAGUUGGUGUCCUGGGGUUGAAGAGCUGUGCACGUUCAGCAGAUCCCCUCGGCUCUGUGGUUUGGUUCGGGCAAUUGUUGAGCUUCCUCGCACCGAAUGCACCAGCCAGGAUGGUCGAUAUAACUUUAUUUUGGGUAGCUUAUGGCUAUGUGUGUGGUGAUAAGGGCUAUGCUUUGCAAUUACUUUCUUUAUUUGGCGGAAAUUUCAGUGUGAUCUUCUUUCAUUCCGACGUUCCUUUUAUUUCAGCGAUGUUUCGGCACCAGCUUUGGCCCUUUGUGCGUCUGUCAAUAUAAUGCUGUCAUGGGAAGGUAA